AUGGCUAGUUCAUUAAUUCGACAUAUCGCUCGACCAGUGUUAACAACAAGUAAAGGAUUUCUAUCUGCAGCAGCACAUCGGAAUAUUCCGUCGACUUUGGUACUUCUCCAUCGUACUCAGGCAACAGCACCACCACCAGGAGCAGCAGCAGCAACGCCGAAUGUUCCAGCUCCAAGUCUUAUUCGUGUGAAUGUUGAACAACGUAAAGCAUUAGUCGAUUUUGGCCAAUACGUUGCUGAAUGUUUACCGCGUUUUGUACAACAUGUACAAAUGACAUCAACAAAUGAAUUAGAAAUUCUAAUUCACCCCGACGGAGUCUUUUCCGUUAUUGCUUUUCUUAAAGAUCAUACGAAUGCUCAAUUUAGUUCAUUAGCAGAUAUCACUGCCAUUGACGUACCUACACGAGUGUAUCGCUUUGAGCUCGCUUACAAUCUCCUUUCACUUCGGUUCAAUUCACGUGUUCGUGUUAAAACAUACACUGAUGAAUUGACACCCAUCGCUAGUAUAUGUGAUCUUUUCGAUGCUGCCAACUGGAUGGAACGAGAGGUUUGGGAUAUGUAUGGUGUUUAUUUUACGAAUCAUCCAGAUUUACGUCGUAUUUUAACGGAUUAUGGAUUUGAAGGACAUCCAAUGCGAAAAGAUUUUCCUCUACCCGGUUAUACUGAAGUUCGAUACGAUGAAGAACAACGUCGUGUUGUCAUUGAACCUAUUGAAUUAACGCAAGAUUAUCGUAAAUUUGAUUUGAGUACACCAUGGGAAACGUUUCCUAAAUUUCGUAAUCCUAUCCACGAUGAUUCAAAGAAAGCAAAUGCGCCUGAACCAGCAGCUGCUGUUGGCAAUGAAAAUAAGAAAUAA